CUAUUGUUUCCCCAGCCCUAUCAAAUCUGCACAGACACAUUUGUAAUGACUGGCCGGGAAAAUACAAGACGAGUCGGAAGGAUCGCAAUGCUCAGAUCCAUAGGAAGUGAAAGUUCUCCUGACUUUUUUUCCAGAGUCUUAUCGUAAAUUCCCCUUCGCAGUACUAACUUACCUUCGUACAGAGCUAUUGUUGAGGUACUUGGCAGAUCUCUCGCUCCUUGACCCAUCUUCAAACCUGCUGUUGACCCAUCUUCAAACCUGCUGUUGACCACCACUAUCAUCGUGUCUGGACAACUUCGCAAGCUGGCCCACGAUGGCAUCUGGCCAAGUCUUCGACCCCUUGGUGCUCCUGAGAGUCGCCCCGCUCGUUACAUCAUCAUUCUCGCUCUGGUACUGCGUGGACCAACACAUGUUCUACAACAACUUCAUCAUCCCGACCAACCGUGCCAAGGGGAACGAUAUCCUGCCUAGUUACUGGAAGUCAUUUCUCGCGCCGGGACUGGGGUGCAUAUUCUCACUCUACGGUCUCUCCGGCGGAGCUGCAAUCGCCAAUACCUACGCCGCGGCUGGAACAUCGCGCUGGUAUGGAAUUGGGGCGGUCUUUACGGCAGCACACUUCUUAUUCGUGCCUGCGGUGUCGAAGGCCAUUUCGGCCAUGAUCAAGGGCGAAAACAAGGGGGAUAUUUGGAAGCAUUUGCAGAGGUGGUUGAGGCUUCACGCUCUUCGUUCUAUAUUCAUCGACUUCCCGGGCUGGCUAUGUUUCCUGACAGCUGCCAUGCAAUCUCUGAAGGCUGCAUAGGUGCGGAAAGAAGUGCGGAGAUUGGCGGUUCUUGAUGUACCUAUCCAACACAAACGACUGCGACUUCCAACUGCUCAACUCACCCAUUUCCCUAUUUCAAAGCAUCCAUUUGUCGGCCCUAUACUCGAUACAUUUUCGUCGCCAAUGCAGCCACCAGUCCACAAGUGCGUGACGUUCUCGUUGGGGUUAUCAAUCCGUCGGCCGACCAAGCGGUCGAGACUCAAGAGAUGGAGACAACUACCUAGCCACGCUAGCUUGUGGGCGCCGAAGCCGGGCAGCAGCUGAUGUCCCGACGGGAAAUUU